GCCAGACUAGCUGCUCUAAGGCAGGCUGGCUGCUGGAAGUUGCUUAGUGCUUCUUCGGGGGGGAAAGGCAGAGACUGACAUGGAGCCGGGGAAGUAUCUGGCUGGCCUCAUCUUAGCUGUCACUCUUCUUCAAGGUACUACAGCCCAGGAGAAACAAGAAGUUCCUGUGGUAAAAGUAGAUGGCUAUCAAGAAGAUGGUUCGGUAUUUCUGAUUUGUGACUCACAAGACACAAAUGUCAUAUGGUUUAAAGACGGGAAGGCAACUACUUCCUCGCAUAAAAACAAAUUUGAUCUGGGAAGCAGUAUCGAGGACCCUCAAGGGAUAUAUCAAUGUCAAGGAUCAAAGAAUAUUUCAAAACCACUCCAAGUCUAUUACAGAAUGUGUCAGAACUGCAUUGAACUGAAUGUAGGCACUGUAUCCAGCUUUGUCUUCGCUGAAAUCAUCAGCAUUUCUUUCCUUGCUGUCGGGGUUUACUUCAUUGCUGGACAGGAUGGAGUUCGCCAGUCAAGAGCUUCAGACAAGCAGACUCUGUUGUCCAAUGACCAGCUUUACCAGCCCCUGAGAGAUCGGGAAAAUGACCAAUACGGCCACCUUGAAGGAAAGCGAUUGAGGAAAAAUUGAACUCAGGACUCAAAGUAGGUGUUCUCCCUUUGAAUGGUUCUCAGAAACAUGGCAAUACGUUUUGGAGCACUCCUAGCAAAGAGACGGUCAGCCCUAAAUCUAGAUUCAAGUUUCCCAAAGGUGACAAAUAGAGAAGAAAAGCCCAUCAAGGGCAAAUUUGGAUUUUUCUCAAAAUAAAUAAACUAAAAGUAAAGUAAAAA